UGACUCAGAUGUGAUAUCGUAACGUUCGUAUUUCUUUCCUGAAGAAGCACAAAUGAUUUCUGAAGCGGAGGUUUCUAUCAAUACUUGUUCAAACGGAUCAACAUAUCGCCUCAUCCAUAAAUUGCGUGGGAAAACAAAAAUAGUGCCCCAAUGAAGCACUUGUGGUAGAUGUAAAUUCAUUAGCGGUUGUGUGUGUGGGGGGGGGGGGGGCGGGGGGGGGGCUCUAAAUGUGACUCCCAAGUACAGUACAGUGUAUGUUAUUUGCCGAGCGAAGUCAACAACCGGUCAAUGCUUUUAUUUUGUCUUCAAUUAUGUGUGCCAACGUCAAGCGUGCCCCGUUUCCGGUUCUGACGUGGCCAGCGUCCUCUCUGCCAACCCGGCGAAAAACAAGACAAAUGAAUUUAUUUAUCGUUUGGUAAUUGUUUUUAGUGCUAUGUUUUUGCAGUCUUUUCUAAUGUGUCACAAUAUAAGAUUGUAGUGUAAAAAAAUCACAUUUAUAAAGUAUAAAUAUAUACACAUAGAUAUAUAUGUUCCAAUGCAAUAAAGACAAAACGACGAGUUCUAAAAAAACGCAACUGUGUAUUAUUUCCUCUGCUGAACAGUAAUCGAUACGUAGGUGACAUCACCUUGUGAGAGAGAAAAAAUUAUGAUCAAAUAUUUACGCUUCUGUAGUUCCUCUGGAGUUGAACUUGUUGGUCAGUUGUUUUUUUUACUGCCAGCUUGAGUACUUAUUUCGGAACGUUGUCCAUAGCACAGACAUUUCGUUAAUUUUAUUACAUUUUGAUAUAUUUUUUACGUUUCGUUCAAAGUCUGGCAUAUUAUAAACUUUUUCCUUACAUGUGAAGACAGUACCCGGCUUCUGGGCCGCCUUCUGUUCGUGGCGCGUUUACUCUGAGUGCGCAUGCGCUGUGACUUGUCUCCCGAACGUCAUUGACAUGGCAGAAGUACAGUCCGUGGUAACGACACACACAGGUUUGUCACAUGAAAUAAGCUAUGUUGAGAAUACGACGAUGUUAUGUAACAAAUAAUCAACUACAACAGCCCUCUUGUAAUGCAAUACGGCAAAAAUAAAUUUGGCGGUGAUAUUCUUUGGUGCGAUAUGACCUUCGCCGGCCUCUGUCGUCAGCGUUUGUUUUGUUGACAUUUUUUUUUCUCUCUUCCGUCAGCUGAUUUGUCCUCUAGUUAGCAACAAAACUAAGACGUAACGCGGCGAUGUUGCCAACAGCUCGACAAUUGUUGUCGUAUUUGAGAGGGAAAGUGGCGGAACAUGGCAGUUACGUUCUUUUCCGACUUGACUCGUCUCGUUUCGUCGCUGAACUGCUGCGAGUAACCUCGCCAGUUAGGCUUUUAGCCCGUUAGCAUUAGCAUCUGUCCCGAAUUCAACUGGAGAAGGAGACACACAUGGAGGGCGUUUUGUACAAAUGGACCAACUACAUGACGGGCUGGCAGCCGCGCUGGUUCGUGCUGGACGACGGCGUCAUCUCCUACUACGACAGUGAGGACGACGUGGGCAAAGGAAGCAAAGGCUCCAUCAAGAUGUCCGUGUGUGAAAUUAAAGUUCACCCGACGGACACCACGCGUUUGGAGCUGAUCAUUCCCGGCGAGCAGCAUUUUUACGUGAGGGCGGUGAACGCGGCGGAGAGACAACGCUGGCUGGUGGCGCUCGGCUCAUCCAAAGCCGGAAGCUUGGAUGUGCACAAACACAAAGGUCCAGACUGUCUGAGGACCAAAAUGUCGGAGCUUCGUCUCUACUGCGACCUGCUGGUCCAGCAGGUCCAAAGCAUCCAAUCACAGAGCGGCGCGGAGCGCCAGGACAUGCCCCCGUCCGAGGCCUCCCUCCUUAGCGCCACCUGCGCCACCUUCAUCCGCACGCUGGAGGAGUGCAUGAGCUUGGCGCAGCAGAGCCUGGCGCCGCACCUGCAGCCUCCUGAAAGGGUCAGCCGCUCUCCUCGUGUGCGUGUGCGCAUAUCUGUGUGUUUGUGUGUGUGUGGCGCUUUGCUGACACAGUCCAAUCACACCAAGAGAACGGACAUCAUUGAACGUGUGCUGCUUGGUGUCCAGAUGAGAAGAUCGGUCAGUCACCCCGGCACGUCCACUUUGGACAGGUGCGGCGUGCUGAAGGAGAGCGCCGGCGCAGGUUCCAGAUCCAAGCCGCAGCGGGACCAAGCCGGCUACGACAGUUCCGUUUACGACUCGGAGCCAACGAUUAAAGGUCUACUGGCCGACCUCGGCGGCGACGCGCCGUGCGUCCCAGAGGACCGGGGGGGCGCGGCCGGUCCGAAGAUCGCUCCCGCGGAAGCCGACCUGUCCGUCUGAAGGUCACGUCAAGGUCGCAAGGCGCAGCUUUGACGCGGACGUCGCCAACGUCGGAACUCUCUCUUUGGCGGCGGGACCGGGCCGAUGGCGAAUGAGCACUCGGGACUCUCUUGGAGUCUUUCCUCUUCAGAUUUGCCCCCGUGGUACUCGGAACUUGAAUUCCCGACUGCGGCAAGCGGGACCCAAAUGGCCGCCGACCCCACCCGCACCGCGAUGUGACCCCGUGCCGCCAAAAUGGCGACCAUGCGUGGCGGCGAUGAUUUUUUUUUUCUGC